GUCUAGUGCUCCUCCACCACGCAUGCGCAGUGUGGCCGUUUCCCCGACCGGCUGAUGUUUUGAACAACACUUUGUCCACAUGCUCGGCUACAUAGACUGUCACUGUCACAUCUCUGCGAGGGAUUUUGACAAGGAUAUCGAUGAGGUGAUAGAGAAUUCAAAAAAGGCCGGGCUGCUGGCGCUGCUCGCCGUGGCGGAACACGCCGGAGAGUUUGACCCGAUCCUGCAGCUGCAGCACAGGUUUCCAGGUUUUAUCUUCCCGUGUUUCGGAGUCCACCCGGUUCAAGAAGUGAGCCCGGAGCAGCAGAGGAGUGCCUCUCUCCAGGAUCUGGAUGCCGCUUUGCCCCUGAUAGAGAAAUACAAAGACCACCUCAUGGCUAUCGGGGAGGUGGGCUUGGAUUUCACACCCAGAUAUAUCAGCAGCGAGGCUGAUAAAGAGAGCCAGAGGCAGGUGCUCAUCCGUCAGGCGGAGCUGGCCAAGCGUCUGGACCUGCCGCUAAAUGUUCAUUCGAGGUCAGCGGGACGACCCACCAUCCACCUGCUGAAGGAGCAAGGUGUCGAAAAAGUCCUGCUUCAUGCCUUCGAUGGGAAGCCCUCUGUUGCCAUGGAGGGAGUGAAGGCCGGCUACUUCUUCUCCAUCCCGCCAUCGAUAGUGAGGAGCGAACAGAAGCAGAAACUUGUGAAACAGCUGCCGCUAGAGAACAUCUGUCUGGAAACAGAUUCGCCUGCUCUCGGGCCAGAAAAACAGGUCAGAAAUGAGCCCAAAAACAUCUCCAUCUCGGCCGAGUACAUCAGUCAGGUCAAAGGGCUGCCGUUGGAGAAGGUGAUGGAGGUGACGACGCAGAACGCCCUGCGACUCUUCCCCAAGCUGAAGGCAGCCAUCAGGCCCUGAGGACAUCAGGACAUCAGUCUCCGUCUGUCCUUGUCUCCUGGACUGUAUGGCAGAAACUUUGUGUGGCCGUGCUGUUUCUGUUUAUUGAGCCGAGCGAGUCGGUCUGGUGGACCCAGGAUGCACUCCUGCAGCUGAAAUGUCCGUCACUACACUGCAGAUCUGCAGACGUGGUGCACCUCAGUGUGAAAGCCACAGAAUAAAACACAAACAGCAUCUGUGUGGACAAUAUGCACAAUAUCUAAAAUAAAUCAAGAGGAUGAAAUCAUUUUUAAAGUCCUGUCAGCAAUUUGUUGUAUUUUUUGCCACAUUGUGUGUGAAACAUCAUCUCACAAUCUUUUAAUCACACGGAGUGACUUCCAGUUUAUUUUUAAUGCAACACCAGUCGGUCAUGUAACUCAUCUGAAGCUCUUGUUGUAAAGUGACUAAUCAUGGUUUCAUUUUCAUUGUUUUUCUCUUUAUAUGACCCACUAAUCUCCUAAUCUAAGCACAGUGAUAGCAGAGGUCCUUUCCCUAUAAAGGUGUCAGCUGUAAAUAAACCACAGAAACAAA